AGGAGGUGUGUGGGGGUUACUUAGCAGCGCGCUCCCCCUGUUCUUCACACUCCGCGCUGGAGCUGUGAGCAUCUGGGAGGGCGCAGAGACAGAGAAGGAGGAGGAGAACAGACGACCAGAAUGGGAGAAGCCGGAGGGACUGAGGCGCAGGCGGAUGCGCGCGCGCAUCUCAACGAGGAGCAGAUCGCAGAGUUCAAGGCGGCCUUCGACAUGUUCGACGCGGAUGGCGGCGGCGACAUCAGCACCAGUGAGCUGGGCAAGGUGAUGAAGCUGCUUGGCCAAACCCCGACCAAGGAGGAGUUGGACGCCAUCAUCGAGGAAGUGGACGAGGACGGCAGUGGGACGAUCGACUUCGAAGAGUUCCUGGUGAUGAUGGUGCGCCAGAUGAAGGAGGAGUCCGCCGGCCAAACAGAGGAGCAGCUGGCCGAGGCUUUCCGCAUCCUCGACAGGAACAGCGACGGCUACAUUGACCGCGAUGAGCUCAAGGAGAUCCUGAUGAGCACGGGGGAGAACGUCUCAGAGAUGGAGAUGGACGAGCUGAUGAAGGACGGCGACAAAAAUGGCGACGGCCGCCUGGACUUUGAUGAGUUCCUCAAGAUGAUGGAGGGCAUCUCGGUACCUUAAGGGAACCACCAGCCGGCACCCCUCCUGCCCACCACCACACCCACUCAGCAGCACCAGUGACUAUGGUUCCACAAUUUUACCUGCUUUUUCUAUAUAUAUUUUUGGGGAUUUUACACGAAUUACAUCUCAGCUACUGCUGCUGGUGUCAUGGCACAGUUGCGAAUGUCCUGUCCUGGCCUCAUGUUUCACUGACGACAGAUUUCGGAAAAAUAAAAACGUUGUACCACC